AUGUCCGCUAGUCCCGAACCCAAGACGGUGCCGGAGACCGCGCCCGAAUCGGAGGAGCCCACCCAGGCCCCGACCCCUGGCGGCAAUGAUGAGCAGGACGACGAAGAGCACGAAGAGAAGGCAGCUGCAUCAGCGGAGCCUGCCUCCCCUCCCGCCGCGGCCGCCGAUAAGGAGGAUGUCGACGAAAAUGAGGAAGACGACAAUGACAAUGUCGAGUCCGACGACGAAUCCAUCAUCUCCGAAGUCGACGAAGCCCAGUUUGAGGAUUUCGACCUCGAGAACGUCGAUAUCGAGGACCGUCCGCAGCUCGCCAUCGACGAGGAUAAUUUGAAGCUGAUCGGUCGGCAUAAGCGGAAGCGCACGGACUCCGGUGGCGAGAGGUCGCAGCGGAAGCGCGAGGGCCGUCGCGAGAAGAAGACCCGACGGAUGAGGGAACUGGAGGAGGGCCCGACUAGUGACGGGGAGGGUAGGACUAGGCGCAAGGUUGAGCGGAAGAAGAAGGAGGUUGCGCCGGAGGAUGAUGAAACGCUGGAUCCUGCUACGCGUCGUCGUCGGGCUUUGGAUCGUGCGAUGGACGAAGCGUUGAAGAAGCCGACUAAGAGACGGGCCCGCAAGGCUGAUGGCAUUGAUUUGGAACAAAUGGCCGACGCGGAGAUUGAAGAUAUGCGCCGUCGCAUGACCAAUGCGGCGCAAAUGGACGCCGAAAACCGACGGGAGGGCAAGCCCGCCAUGCACAAGCUUAAGAUGCUGCCCGAGGUGGUGUCGCUGUUGAAUCGCAACCAGUAUGUCAACAGUCUGGUCGAUCCGGAAAUCAACCUGUUGGAAGCCGUGAAAUUCUUUUUGGAACCGCUGGAUGACGGAUCGCUGCCGGCCUACAAUAUCCAGCGGGAUCUGAUCGGUGCGCUGGGCCGCCUUCCGAUCAACAAGGAGGCUCUCAUCGCUAGUGGGAUUGGCAAGGUUAUCGUUUUCUACACGCGCAGCAAGCGCCCCGAGCCGGGCAUCAAGCGCCAGGCGGAGCGUCUCCUAGCUGAAUGGACUCGCCCGAUUCUCCAGCGGAGCGAUGACUACUCGAAGCGGGUGUACCAGGAGGCCGCUUUUGAUCCUACGUAUAAAACUCACCUCCCGGACCCAAUCGGCGCAGGCGACGGCUGCCGAAGCGCGUGCGCGCGAACUGCUCCCCCCGCGUCUGGCCAACCGUGCGCGGGCCGACAUCACGCACACCAGUUACACGGUGGUGCCGCGACCGACAAUGGUACAGGAAAGCAAGUUUGCGCGACCUCUGGGCGCCAGCGGAGAGGAUCGAUUCCGGAAGAUGCGGGCGCGCCAAAUUGCGGCGUCCAAGAACAGUCGGCAGAGGUAGAGAUCGGAUUGGAGAUUGUGUCAUUAGAAAUCUUGGUGUCGUGGAGGGGGCGUUCUGGCGUGUCUUUUCAAACAUGGAUCGUAACUGUGCAAUGA